ACUCAGGGUCGUGGAAAAAAGUUACCGGCGUAUUUGAACCUAACUUGUCAUAUGUACGGUGCACAUAUGAGUCCCUAGCUUCUUUAUUAUUCAAAAAAUACCUGUCUAAUGAUUCUAAGGGACUAAUAAAUUUCUUAAACUUCUAAAAAUAUAUGGUCAGUUUUUUGGACAGAACCCAGUGGCAGCAUUUAGUAGCUGGUGUUAGUGGUGGAGUUAUAUCUGUAUUGGUUUUGCAUCCGUUGGAUUUGGCCAAAAUCAGAUUGCAGGUGAAUGAAGGUACAGGUGUCAUCGCAUGCAGACCGAAAACAACAGGAACCAUUCAAACCUUGUAUGAAAUUGUUCAGCAUAGAGGUCUUCGUGGUCUGUACCUUGGUUUAACUCCGAAUGCUAUUGGAGCGGGUAGUUCAUGGGGUUUGUAUUUUUUCUUCUAUGAAAGUUUGAAAAGAUUUUCUCAACAUGGCGAUAAAACCAAAUCUCUGACCACUACUCAAUAUCUUACUUAUGCUGCCUUAUCAGGUAUGAUUACCCUAUCCAUUGUCAAUCCAAUUUGGGUUAUUAAAACUAGAUUAUGUUUACAAUAUGAAGCGUUAACAAAAUCGAUUCCAACACCUCAACUCGCUAAUUCAUCCUCGCCAUCCCCAUCGCCAUCAUCCAUAAUACUACGUCCUCAAUCAACAUGGCAUGCUUUGUCUAAUCUAUGGACAAGCGAAGGUUUUGCUGGAUUAUAUCGUGGUUAUGUACCAGGUUUAUUUGGUGUUAGUCAUGGAGCUAUUCAAUUUAUGUUUUAUGAACAUUUUAAAAAUUCUUACAAUAUACAUUAUCGUAAAAAAUUAGUGAAUGAAAAAUUGUCCGCUAUCGAGUACCUAACAUUUUCAUCAGUUUCUAAACUGAUUGCAGCUGUCAUAACUUAUCCAUACCAAGUGGUUCGUUCAAGAAUGCAAGAUCAGCAUAGGAAAUACAAUGGAGUCACUGAUGUUAUUCGACAAUUAUGGAGAGGUGAAGGUGUUCAUGGAUUUUAUAAAGGACUUGUACCAUAUGUACUUCGAUGUACACCGGCUUGUGGAAUCACUUUUCUUGUAUAUGAAUAUACUUUAAUCAUAUUUGAUUGGUUCAAAUGACAUACUAGUUAACUGUGAAGGCUAUAUAUAUAUAUAGCUGUUAUUUAUACUUAGUUUUCUUUACAUGUAGAGUGAGAUAUCUUUAACUCAUACAUUUUUUGUAGUAAAUUAUAUACAUAUAUCAAUGAUUUAUGUAUAUAUUUGUUCUCAAUUUUGAUUAUAUCUUAUACUGUACAUUCUUUAUAUAUAUUGCAUAAUUCUUGUAAUAAAUUACUUAAUUUAGUAUUGAUUU